AUGAGUUUUGGGCGCAUUGGAAAACGAACAACCCGACAUACGCUUAGACUUUCGUCGAAGUAUGCUUCGCUAACGACGAGGGUGCGAGCGAUCAACUCGCUGGCCCCUGAGACCAGCAAUAAUGGCCCUCUGAAAGGUGUAAAAGUCUUGGACCUCUCACGAGUACUUGCGGCACCGCUCUGCACGCAGAUCCUUGGAGACUAUGGUGCCGACAUCAUUAAAAUCGAAGAUAUUGGGAAGGGAGAUGAUACCAGACACUUCAGAGCAAUUGGAGAAGAUGAGACGUGGAAACCCGACGUUGGUCCCAUGUCUAAUUACUUCUGCUCAAUUAACAGGAACAAGCGCUCCGUAUGCCUAGAUCUGAAGAACGCCCCGGGAAAGGAGAUUCUGUUCAAGCUCGUCAAAGAUGCUGAUGUAGUGAUCGAGAACAUGCGGCAGGGUGCGAUGGAAAGGCUGGGAAUCGACUACGAAGUGCUCAAGCAAGUAAACCCGACUAUCAUCUACGCCAGCAUCUCUGGCUACGGAUCCUCCGGUCCAUGGCGAGAACGUGCUGGAUAUGACAUGAUAGCAGGUGCAGAAGCAGGCCUUCUCCAUCUCACUGGUGAGCGAGGAGGGCCCCCAGUACGGCCUGGUCUCGGGCUCACCGACAUGUCCACCGGGCUUUUCAUGCACGGAGCUAUUAUGGCCGCGCUCUACUCCCGCAAAGAGACCGGCCUUGGGCAGCGUAUCGACGCUUCGCUGUUCGAAUCGCAGAUCGCACUGCUCAUCAACGUCGCGCUGACAUGGCUGAACAUGGGACAAGAAACAGAGCGAUGGGGCACCCAGCACCCUAGCGUGGUUCCGUACGAUGCUUUUCGAACCAAGGAUCUCUACUUUGUAUGCGGGGCGGUCAACAACAAGCAGUUUGAGAAGCUGUGCAAGAUCCUCGAUGUCGAACACCUGCUGGAGGACCCACGCUUCAAGACCAACAGCACAAGAGUCACACAUCGUGAUGAUUUGAUGCCAACCAUUAGUGAGGCUUUCCAGGGCAAGACCGCUGGCGAAUGGAUGCAAGCAUUUGAGGGUAGCGGGAUGCCUUACGCCCCCAUCAACACAAUGGAGAAGGUGUUCUCACAUCCGCAGACGGCAGCAAGGGAGAUGGUGAGCGAGAUCCAGUUUGAGCCCGCAAAAUCAGGAAAGCUCUCUAUGUUAGGAUCCGCUGUGAAGUUCUCCAACACCAGCACGUCAGUCAGGCGCAAGCCACCUCUGCUCGGCGAGCAUACCGACGAAGUCUUGAGAGAGAUUGGCGUGACAGAAGCCGAGAUAGAAAGUCUGCGUAGCUCCAGAGUAGUUAGAUAG